AAACAUUAAUUCUAUUUUAAAAAUUCUGGCAUUUCAACAUGUCUUCUCAACAACACUUCACCAGCAUUGAAAAAAUCCUAUCGAAACUCCCCCCUGAUGAUUACCAAAACAUCCGAAACGUGCUAUACGGCAAACCGACAAGCAAACUCGAUUUAUCGGAUGCCGAAACAAAAGCAAACGAUUAUGACCUUGAGCUGGUCUCUUGUCGCUUCGAGGCCUCACCUGAACAGCUAAGACCACCGAAAAUCGUCCGUGUUGGCAUUUUCCAACACAAACUACCCCUUCCUCCCAACACUCCCAUCAAGGAGAUGCGAGACGGGCUUUACAAAUUGGCCCAAAACGCAAUCGAGACGGCUGCGAAAGGAGGAGUCAAUAUAUUUUGUUUCCAGGAGGCUUGGAAUAUGCCGUUUGCGUUCUGCACGCGCGAAAAACAACCGUGGUGCGAAUACGCAGAGGUGGCCGAGUUCGGGCCUACUACGAUUUUUUUGCAACAAUUGGCGAAACGUUACAACAUGGUUGUAAUUUCUCCAAUUUUGGAACGUGACGAAGUGCAUGGCCAAACGAUUUGGAACACGGCCGUUGUUAUUGACAAUUAUGGCGAUUUUUUGGGGAAACACCGCAAAAAUCACAUACCCAGGGUUGGGGAUUUUAACGAAUCGACUUACUAUUUUGAGGGAAAUACCGGGCACCCUGUUUUCCAGACGGAAUUUGGCAAAAUCGCUAUAAAUAUCUGUUACGGGCGCCACCACCCGCUCAAUUGGUUAAUGUUUGGCCUAAAUGGUGCCGAAAUCGUCUUCAAUCCGUCGGCAACUGUUGGUAACUUAAGCGAGCCUUUGUGGGGCAUCGAGGCCCGAAAUGCGGCCAUUGCCAAUAGCUACUUCACGUGUGCUAUUAAUCGCGUUGGCACUGAGAUUUUCGAAACUGAAUUCACUUCCGGUGAUGGCAAACCCGCCCAUAAAGAGUUCGGACAUUUCUAUGGCUCAAGUUACAUAGCCGCCCCCGAUGGCUCAAGAUCACAAGGAUUAUCUCGGGACAAAACCGGGUUAUUGAUAGCCGAACUGGACUUGAAUCUGUGUCGGCAAGUUAGGGACCAUUGGAGUUUCCAGAUGACGCAAAGAUUGGAUAUGUAUGCCGAACUCUUGGCUAAAGUCGUUCAGCCCGAUUUUAAACCACAAAUUAUUAAGAAAUAAUUCAAUCACAACGCAAAAUCUUUGGCAAAUGAUAAUAAAUAAUCGAUUUUUCUGAGACAA